UGCCACUUUAAUCCAGUUAGACUCGCGCUUCCGACAUCUCUUCCAAUAGGGCUGGUGAUUAUUAACGUCGCCUUCUAUGAGACUUCUCCAUGAAGUGCCAUCCGACGUUGUUCUUAUCAUUCUAUACUCCUUGGAUGUGAGGGAACUAGUGAUGCUCGGUUUGACAUGCAAGUCCCUAUAUUGUGAAAUUUAUGGAAACCGAGCGUUAUGGAUUAGCCUCGUACAUCGCUUGAUUGAAAAGGAGUGCAUCGAUCGGUCUACAUUUCCACUGGAGAUGAUGUCGAUGGAAGGGCUCAAGCGUCUGGCCAGUCGUCCCUUACGGCUAUAUCGGGAUCUCGUGCUGAAAAGACCCGUGAACUUGACUACCAAAUCAAUACGCGUUGAUCCAGGGCCUGACUUUCCUACCAGAGGAUGGGAGCCAAGCUCAAACCCACAUGCAUUCCUGGUCCCAGGGGGACGUUGGGCUAUUGGUUGUGCCUGGGAUGGCACUCAUUACCGGGUGUACUGCUGGGAUCUCAAUUCGGCUAACAGCGUCAUUUACAGAAACUCCGCAGCAGACUUCGAUCAUCAUAUCACACCCACGGCGAGCCUGAUAAUCGACCAUGAUAAUCAGUUGGUAGACAGUAUCUACACGGUUAUUCAUGAAGCGGACCCACAGAAUCGACGCACAGUAGUUCUUAUUGGAUUUGAGAUCAUUGGGUUUUUAGUGAUGGAGAUAGUGUCUGUCACUUGGGGUUUCUCCUACUCGACGUCCCCUACUAUAUCGAGGCUGAACUACCUUUGUAUCCCCCGUGAGCGAGGGGAUCAACACGUCAGGACAUUCAUGGAAUGCAACAUGGUCGGUGUCCGUUGGGAUGCUGAUGAUUGGUGGCUUAUAUGGGAUUGGCGUGCCCAUUCUGUGGUCAAAGUGGACACACCAAACUUUGAGGUACACUUGCGCAGGAUCUCCUCAAACACUUGACUUAUCCGAAUCGCAGUCUAGUCGAAUGUGGCUUCAGCCACUGGCGCUCUAUGGCAUCACAGGCGAUCUGUCACAUGUUUACCAAUUUGUUUUGCCACCUCAACAAGCACUUGAC